GCCCUCAGGAUAUGGCUGUGGGUGAAGGUUGGGAAUUAGGAAGAGAAAGCUAGAUGGGUGGUGGACAGGAGAAUUAGGCAGACAUUUAUUCCUUGGGGAAGCUGUGUGGAGAAUUGGAGGGGGAAGAUUGGAUGCCUGAGCCAUGUCCAGGACAUGAUGAACAGUUCCCACGCUAUGAAGACCUGUGUACUCAUCCUGCUUGUGGCCCUACUGUGUGCAGAGAGAGCCCAAGGGUUGCGCUGCUACCAGUGCCUGGGGGUCACACCUGAGACUUCAUCUGGGACUUCUUGCCAACCAGCUAUCUGCCAAUUCCCUGACGGGGUCUGCAUCACUCAGGAGUUUGAAGCCAUUUUGGAUUCUUACAAAGAGAAAAGAAUGAACAAGUUCUGUCUUCCCCGCUGCCCUGAAUAUCAAAGUAAACUUGGAAAUAUCCUAUCCAUUGCUACCGCCAUCAGCUCCAAGAUUUCCUGUUGUAAGGAAGACCUCUGCAAUUAAGCGAUUCUCACUGGGGGCAGCAUGGCCAGCCUGGGGUCGGUCCUCCUGCAAGCCUUGUUAUGACAGUCCUUCCUGCUACUCCCACCCUCAUUUUGAAUCCCAACAGGUAAUCACUCUUUCCUGGAACCCUCUAGGGAUGAACUGUGAGUUUUAAAAACCCUGAGGUGGGGAUUAGGAUGUGGCUUCUCCCAAUUCCCUGACAUUUCCUCCCUCCUCCUGCCCUAGGUCUCACCUCACUAGCUUGUCCAGCCAUGUCUCUUGAGUCUAGAGCAGGACCUCACACAAAUUCUCCUCUCUGGGUCAGCUCUCUGAAUGCCACCCCAUAUUCCUACCACUGCUCUGUCCCGGGCCACCAUGGCCAUGACCACUUCCCCAUAUCACACCUUCUUGUCUCGUGGUUAUGAUAUGUGCAAUAUAAUAUAUGAACUUCUUUAGAUUUAGUCUGUUUGGGGUUUAUUGAUUCUGGAGCACACUUUACGCCUUUCUCUGAGAUGAGAAAUUUCCUUCUUGCCUGCCUGCCUUUGUUUCUGGUUUGGGGAUCUGUCUUAGAGUCUCACAGGCUGGACAAGCCACUUCACCAAGAGCUAACCCCUGAACCCUAUCAUUUCUUCACAUGUUUCUCCCACUGCAUUACUUUUCCACUGCCCCUGGGAUACCUGCCACACAUACACACACACACACACACACACACACACACACACACACACACACACACACACAAACACUUUCUGGUGUUGGCCUGCUCAUGUCUUCCCUGGUUCUUCUGCAUGAGUCCGGCUGUCACCUUCGACCUCAUAUUGGGUCCCCUUUUUCUUUACUUUGGCAAUGAUGUCUUUAUAUUGUUCGCCUCCAUCAGCUGCUCUUCGAGGUCCUGCUUUCUUGCUGAGCAGAUUUCAUACUUUCCCGCUUACACCCAAACUGCUUGCCCUUACCAUGUAUAUUUACAUCAAAGCCGCCGUGCUGUCCCAGUAUCCCAUUUUCCAUGUCAUCUCAGCAUUGGCAUCUGUAUGAGUUACUUUCUGUUGCUGUGAUAAAACACCGUGAGCAAAAGCGACUGACGGGUUUAUUUGAGCUUACGAUUCCAGAGGGGGAGUCUAGAAUGGCAGUGGAGGUAUGGUAGCUGGAGCAGGAAGCUGAGUGGUUACAUAUUCAACAGCAAACACAAAGCAGAGAGAAAGGCGAGGGAGAGGGAGGAAGAGAGGGAGGGAGGGAGAGAGAGAAUUGGAGGUGGACUAGGCUAUGAACUGUAAAAGCCCCCUCUCCCCCAGUGAUGUACUGACUCCAGCAAGGUUGCACCUCCUAAAUGCUCCAUCUCAAACAUCACCACUAACCUGGGACUAAGUGUUCAAUACUGGGCUUAUGGGGGACAUUGCUCACUCAAACCACCUCAACCUCUGUUGAGCAUCCUCAUCCUCGCUACUGGGGUUUCCACGAUCUUCGGUAUAAGAAGUGAUUGCGGUGCUCUGCUGUGAAGCUGAACCCUCUUCGACUCUGAUGGAGCAGG